AUGGCUCCUGAUCAUUCAAACCUCGGCCAGGAGGAGGCAGAUAAUGAGAAGAUUGACAGUGACUUGCGUCAGCUUGAAGCUGUACAUGAUACACACUUCUACAACAUAGACCACGAAAUUGAGAAAAAGGUUGUUCGGAAACUUGACUGUGUUAUCCUUCCUCUGAUGGUGCUUGUAUACUUCUUCCAAUACCUCGACAAGCAGACAAUCAACCAGGCCGCAAUAUUCGGGCUGCGAGAUGAUCUCAAGCUAACUGGUCAGGAGUAUUCAUGGGCAGUAUCGUUAUUUUAUCUGGGCCAGCUUUGUUCAGAAUACCCAGCUGGGAUCAUGCUCUCCAGAUUUCCUAUCACUAUUUAUGUCCGGGGUAACUAUCGUCUUAUGGGGUGGGGUAAAUAUGUGUCUGGCUGCUGUUCACAACUUUGCGGGCCUGGCAGCGACCAUCCGCUUCCAAGGCUAAGUAUCCUACUAGGGACUGUCUCCCCAGCCUUCAUUAUAAUUACGAGUAAUUGGUACAAACGCCAGGAACAUCCGAUACGCGUCGCUACAUGGGUAUCAAUGAACGGUAUAGCGAAUAUUAUAGGCGCCCUCAUGAUGUAUGGUAUUGGCAAGGGAAACAUGUCACUCGCCCCGUGGCGCUCUCCUUUCUUGAUUUGCGGAGGUUUGACCUCCGCGACUGGUCUGCUCUUCAUUUUCUUGAUGCCCCGAGAUACGACUACUGCUUGGUUUCUGAGUCCACGGGAACGAGAAGUGGCAACUCAGCGCAUGGCAGUCGAUCGCGCUACUCGGGACCAUGCAGUAUUCAACAAAGCUCAACUCAAGGAGGCACUCUUGUCACCAAUGACAUGGAUCUAUUGUCUGAUGGGUAUCUGUAUCACUCUCACGACCCCCAUAAUGAAGGUAUUAACCUACUCUCUUCCCACCCAAAAGUACAGCUCCACCGUCAUACAUGGCUUCGGCUACUCAACAUACAAAACAAUGCUCGUCGGAACACCAGCCGGAGCAUUCAACUUCAUCACCGUCUGGAUCGGCGCCAUCAUCCCCCGCAUUCUGCCUGGAGCACGAGUAUACACCGCCAUUGGUCUCUCCAUCGUACCUCUCCUGGGUUCAAUAUUGCUCAUGACGCUUCCAUAUUCCGGCGGUGCAGACUGGGGAAUAGUGGUGGCGACCUGGCUUGGAGGAUGCAGCUCCUCGUUGAUAAGUAGCGCGGCCAGCAUUAUCGCUAGUAACGUGAAGGGUAAUACGAAGAAAAGUAUCGUGUCAACUGCUUUCUUCGUUGCAUAUUGCGUUGGAUGCAUUGUUAGUCCUCAGGCUUGGACGGAGGAUGAUGCCCCUCGGUAUACGAAGGGGUGUAUUUUGAGUAUUGCAGCCAUGGCGUGCUUGAUCCUUACUUUUAUUGGUUAUGUGUUUAUGGUGAAGGGGUUGAACAGGCGGCGUGAUCUCAAAGCAAGCGAGGGUUAUAUUGAGUAUAUGGUUGAUAGGGGUGAUGGUGGUGGUCGUAUGGGCGUUUCGGUUGAUUCGGAUCAUACAGAUGUUGAGGAUAAGGCUUUUAGGUAUACUAUUUGA